UCUCCUUGCUGCUACUUCACAGGAUGGGCUGUUCCCUCCCUCACCGGUGCUUCUCACCCUGCUUACAGCCCUUCUCAUCCUGCUUACAGCCGGCACUCCCCACUGCGUGUGAAAGGCAUUGGGUAAAGAUGGCUGACAGCCCUAUCUAUUCAACACUAGAGCUGCCUGGCCCACCUCAAGUCCAAGAUGAUUCCAGAUGGAAGUUCAAAGCUGUCUUACACCAGCCCCGUUUUUCCUGCCUUGUAAUGGUGGCUUUGGGACUUUUGACCGUGAUUCUCAUGAGUCUACUGAUGUACCAACGGAUCCUGUGCUGUGGUUCCAAGGACUCUAAGUGUGCCCACUGCCCCAGCUGCCCCAACCUCUGGAUGAGGAAUGGUAGCCACUGUUACUACUUCUCAAUAGAGAAAAAGGACUGGAAUUCUAGUAUGAAAUUCUGUGCAGACAAAGGCUCAAAUCUCCUUACAUUUCCGGACAACCAGGGAAUGAACCCCUUGCAAGAGUACCUGGGCCAGGACUUUUACUGGAUUGGCUUGAGGAACAUUGACGGCUGGAGGUGGGAAGGUGGCCCAGCUCUCAGCUUAAGGAUUCUUACCAACAGCUUGAUACAGAAGUGCGGUGCCAUCCACAGAGCUGGCCUCCAAGCCUCCAGUUGUGAAGUUGCUUUGCAGUGGAUCUGUAAGAAGCUCUUAUCCUGAUGAUGGAUGCCACUAUGUCCUGAGGGAAUAGGCCUGGGGAAUCUUGGUCCACAAAGAUGUGUUUAACAAAUUCCUGUUAUGAUAUGCCAUUAGACAGAGGAUUAGCAUACCUUCCUGGGAGUUAGCAUUUCCUGUUGGGCUUUCUCAGCAAGUAUUAUGUUAGCCAUUUAAAGCCUAAAUCUGGGCAAAUGAAAUAGAGAAAGUUUAUUUUAAUGGCUCUUACUGCAGAAACUCACUGUGUUUCUCAUCCCUUCCUCUGCCAUCUCAGUCAAAGAUAUGUGGAAAACUAUUUAUCCACAGAAGAAUGAAUCCUUGCCAUGUUCAGUAACAUGUUACCUAGACAUCAACUAGACACAGAAAGACAAACACCUCAUGUCCUCAUUCCUGCUUGGGAGCUGAACAAGCUCAUGCCUGAGGUGUAAGGAGAAGUUCAGUGGUUACCAGAGUCCAGGAGAGUGAUGGGGUGGUAGAAGUUGGUUAAUGGUUUGGCUGGUAUGGAGGUGACAAUAAUAAUUGUCAUAUGGUUGCCAAUUUAUUGUAAACUUCCAAAUAGCUAGGCAGAAGGACUGUGGGUGUUUGUAAAUGCCUGAAGGACAGAUGUGCUGAGCAUUCUGACUGGAUCAUUUUCCACCUACAUUGAAGUAUCAUGCUGUGCCGCAUAAAUGUGUGCAAUCACAAUCUAUCCACAAAAGUUAAAGAAGUCAUGAUUAAAAUUAAAAAAUACCUUUCUGGUA